UCACGGGGUGUAAAGUCUGACGUCCUGUUUCCUAGGAGAUUUUUCCCCUUUGCCUUUAAGCCGCGGCCUCGGAUGCUCCGCGCGCUAUUCCGAGCAAAUCUGUGCUGGUUGCCUGGUCAACCACAUGCGCGCGCAUCUAACCUGACUCGGAUGUCGGGGGCGCGCAGUUGUGGGACUUAGCGGAGCAGUUGAAGCAAAAAAAUGACACGAAGCGAGGGCAAAUGAUGACUUUGGAUUUCGAUUAUUUUGUGCAUAUAUAGAUUGUUAUUUAUUAUUUUAUCCUUGCACGUGAGUUUGAAAGUUUGUUUAUUAUACUUGACGACACUAAAGAUGAGGAAUAUAAAGAGUCGCGUGCACCUGCUCUCAGUUUAUAUGACUGCUGAUAUUGCGCCUCACCUGAAUGUCUGAAGAGGAAUUACACUUUUUUUGGUUGAAUCUAUUGGAUCUGAGGAGUUAUUGAAGUGUAAGCAUGUAUGCAGGACGCAAAAGAAGAAAACCAGUGCAAAGAGCUGUGAAAGCACCCCCGGCUGAAGGGUCGAAGUCGAACCCGUCCAAACGUCACAGAGAUCGCUUAAACUCCGAGCUGGACCGGUUGGCCAGCCUCCUUCCGUUUCCAGAGGAGGUCACCAGCAGUUUGGACAAACUCUCCAUACUGCGUCUGAGCGUCAGUUACCUGCGUGCAAAAAACUUCUUUUCAGUUGCACUGAAAAACCACAACUGCAAAGAUUUAUCGGCAAAUGACGGUAACCAUGACAACAGUAAAGCAAAAAAAGAAGAAUGGCUUUCUGAGGGAGAGCUCCUACUACAGGCUCUUAAUGGCUUCGUGCUGGUGGUCACCUCCGAAGGCAUCAUUUUCUACUGUUCUCACACCAUCCAAGAUUACUUAGGCUUUCACCAGACUGAUGUGAUGCAUCAGAAUGUCUUUGAACUCAUUCAUACCGAAGACCAGCAGUCCUUUAGAAGCAACCUGCACUGGGCCCUAAACCCUCCGCCAGCCAAUAUCCAGACCGAUGAGUCCCUGCAAGAUGGAAAUCCAGCAGUCCCGAGUGUGUCUGUGGUGGCGUGCAGCCCGGACGAGCUUCCACCCGAAAACUCCUCUUUCCUCGAAAGAAGCUUCGUGUGUCGAUUCCGUUGCCUCUUAGACAACUCCUCGGGAUUCCUGGCCCUAAACCUCCAAGGACGUCUAAAGUUUUUACACGGUCAGAACAGACGCAUGGAUGAUGGAGGACAGAUGCCUCCCCAGCUCGCACUGUUCGCCAUAGCGACGCCCCUACAGCCUCCCUCAAUAAUGGAGAUCCGAACCAAGAACAUGAUCUUCAGAACCAAGCACAAGCUGGACUUCACCCCAAUGGCCUGUGAUGCAAAGGGUAAAAUUGUUCUUGGCUACACAGAGGCGGAGCUGAGGGUUCGUGGUACAGGGUACCAAUUCAUCCAUGCGGCUGAUAUGCUUUACUGUGCUGAGAAUCAUGUCAGGAUGAUCAAAACUGGAGAAAGUGGUCUGACUGUGUUCAGACUGCUUACAAAGGACAACCGUUGGAAAUGGGUACAAGCUAACGCUCGACUCGUCUAUAAGAACGGCAAGCCUGACUACAUUAUUGCCACUCAGAGGCCUCUUGUGGAAGAAGAGGGUGGGGAGCACCUGAGGAAACGUUCCAUGCACCUUCCCUUUACGUUUGCAACCGGAGAGGCUCUGUUGUACCAAAUCAGCUACCCCAUGCCAGGCAUCCCUGACACCGUUCAGGGUAAAGGGAAGAGCAGCAAAACCAAAAAGAGUAAGGGGGACAAAAGUGGGAAGGAUAAUGUGGACCCCAGCUCUCUGCUUGGAGCCAUGAUGAGACAAGACGAGUCUGUUUACGUGUGUCAGCCUGCAAUGGAGCCCAGAAUGUCCUUCCACAGUAGCCUCUUUAGCGGCCAAGGAGAAACUAGCACGUUUUCAUCUUCUGCAGGGAAUGAUAACUGGAAUCCGACACAGAAUGGUGUAAUUGCCUGCUCAAAACAAGACCCAACAAGUUUUGACCCACUUCUUGCCAUAUUAGACUCUCUGUCCCUGGGAAAUGAAGAGAGCUGCUCCAACAGCGAGCUAUUUAAUGCCCUGGAAAACCUUGGACUCAAUGCGGAGGAUCUUGAAUUACUUCUUCUGGAUGAGAGGAUGAUCCAGGUGGACAUGGAACCAGAUUAUAUCCCAUCUCUUAACGAUCUUCUUACCAACAAUGAAAUCCUUUCUUACAUCCACGAUUCACUAGAGAACCGUAUUGAUGACACUGCAGGUGGUGUUUUAUUACCUCCCACUGAAGUAGAUACUCCUGAACCGUCUAAGCUGUGUCUACCGUCUACUUCUGACUCAGCUGCUGAAGUUACUCCCUCCAUGCCUGCUCUUUACACACCUUUCUGGCCACCGAAACUUCCAGCACCCAUAAUUCAGCUCUCACAACAGAUGCAACAACAUCUCAACGGCCAUUGCAAACCUGACAACUGGAUCCCUGCACCGAUGAUGCCUCCUAUAUCUGAAACUGAGACCCCUGAAUCGUUUCUUACCCAGCAAGACACCUUGUUGGUAAAUUCGGUACAAGGUGUCAACAAUGAUCACUGGGCCCCCGAACAUACACAAACCAACUUGAACAAGUUGUCUCCGCUUGGUGACAAAAUAACAGGACAAAAUCAACUGCUUGUCCCAUUCCAAUAUAAACAGAAACCUCCUGAGGGUGGACAAGCCUCUACAAACGGGAUCUACAGUUACCCCCAAUGGCACGGAUUCAACUGCACAGACCUUAGCACAAAUGGACCUUGUUUUCCUAAUAGCCAGACAUCACAUAUACACAAUGCAAUGGGUAACCAUGUCAUGUAUGAUAUGUCCGAUGGUUCAGGGGUGGAGUUAACACUAAACAAUAGUUCAGAUGUGGAGCAGUUUCCAGGAGUCAUGGCGUCUUCCUCAUCCUAUCAGCAGGAUCAUGAGAAACAUCAGCAGCCAAAGGUCCCACCCACUUAUUACACCACCUGUACCAAACAGAACUCAUCACUAGAUCAUAUUCUGGAUUUAACCCCUCCUCAGACCUUCCCUUCAUUGACAAAUUACAGCUCUAAUCUGACUCACGACACCACUCAAAGUAAGAUGGAAACCAGCUUCAUACUCAACCCCACUAGUGUUGCUUACGCAGGAAGCUGUCUGAUUCCCAACGGCAACUCGACGACCACAUCCAGCAACGGUCCCCGUCCCCUUUCUGAGCCCGUCCCACCUACGCCAGACCCUCAGACCACCGGUUUUUACCUCUGAUCAGAGUCAAAUAUCCGUCCGAAGAGAUGCCAUCAAUCACAAAGGACUGUCCGAACGAAAAAAGUACACAGAGUUCUUUUUAAUUUUGUUUACUUGAAUUGCGUUCGUUUUUAUUUAUAUGAAAUGAGCCAGAAGCGUAACUGGAAGAUCAAGUACCUAAUAAAAUCACCCAAUAUAA